AUGGUAUUAGUGCAACCCGCAGAAAGACUCUAUAACAAAAAUACUAACUGGGAGAUGUAUAAGGGCAUAAUCACGAAGGGAAUUGAGCUCAUAAAUCCAUUAAAAACAGUGGAAGAUAUAGAAGAAGCUAUUGAGAACCUUAAUAAAAUCCUACAUGAAGCAGCCACUAGUUCCACAAAAGUGAAAGAAAAAUUACCCCUAAACAACAAAUAUCCGAAAAUGAUCAAAGACAAAAUAUUGGAAUGUCGUCAUCAAAGCAUGGCACGAAAC